UCGUGCUGGUUUUGUUUUAUUUCGCUGAAGAAUAAAAAAUACCCACCAACCUUUUGAAAUACCUUUUAGAAUUUUCAUCAGAAAGCUUAAAAUUUACGAUGAAGCGGAAACAUUGGGGUUCGUUUGAGGAUGGCAGCGAUAAGAAAAAAGAAGUUUCGAGUACCGAAAUCAUCCUACCGAUGACGAAAAUGGAAAAAUUCCAACAGAUAAAAUUGCCUUACACCAUCACUCGAGAUACACGGCUUCCUUUGAAAAAUCCUCUGGUCACUCAAACAGUGGAAGUCAUGAAUCAAACCGAGAUGAUUCAAACACUCAUCGAUACAUACUCCACGAAAUCCGGCUACAGUUACAUCCUCAAUCCCUGCCAGCUGAUGCCGAACAUAGACUUCCCGCCGGCCAAUACAGCGGACCUAUCCCGGAAUGACAAAAUUACCCGCCCUUUUUGGUUCAUCCAUCCGCACGACAGUAAGUUUACCCGCGGGGAACCGAAAAACUAUCCCAAGUUGACCCGACCGGUGCUGAUGCAGGUGCACCGUAAGCUGAUCUGCGGUCUGUUGAGGGUGGCCGGGUUUUCCGAGAUCAACGAGUCCGCUUUGAUCAUGAUGGUCGACGGUAUCGAUCAGUACCUGAAAAUGCUUUGUGAAGCCAUGCGAGAUGUGUUGGUCAGCGAAGGACGUGAAACGGAGUCGUUUCUGGAUGUGAUGACUUUGGAGAAGGGGUUUCACUCGGUUACCAAGCGAAGCGUAACCAGCCUGCAUAACUACUACAAAGAGCUGGGCAAUAAGAACAAGAACGAGAUCAAGGAGUUCAAGGAUAUUUUCCAGGAGUAUGAUAAGCUGCUUCAGGAGAAUCACAUGUCGGCAGCGCAGAGUAUGCAGUCCAGUAGUAGAGGCGUGGGCGAAAUCAAGGAGGAGGAUUACAUGAGUUUUCUAGACCCAGGGCAGUCGCAGUCGUCCCAAGGAGGAAUUGGCGGGAUGGGUGAUGGCACUUCUGCUAUAAAUAUUAUAAGUUUUCUGAACGGAGAGGGGACCGGAUCCGGGUUGAAAGAUAUUCUGGAUGGUAGUUUGUUAGAACCGAAACGCGAUUCUUCAAUUGAUCAUAUCGGUCAACAGCAUUCGCAAGAGUCGUUUCAUUCUGAAGCGUAGUAAAAAGGUAAAUAUUCCUGUUA